AUGACUACUCACGUUCCCACGCGUCAGCCUUUCGCUGCCCUCGACAGCCCUAGGCUCCAAUCGCUCUCCAAUAUCAAGAACCGCCAAAAUGCUAUCCCAGCAUCAUUUUCACCCUCCCAGAAGCCCACCCAUUCAACAGCCACUAAACGCCGCUACAGCCCCUCCGUCUUCGAUUCCGAUAAUGAUUCGGAGAAUAUCGAACCCUCCAUCUUCAAUUCACCCACCAAGCGCUCCAAGACCACCGAUGGCCUCGCCAAACCCUCCCAGUUCAUCACUACCACCCAGUCUGCCCGCACGAGCCCUACCACAUUGCCCUCCCCUCGCAAAAUAAUAACACCAACCCUGCCCUCUGUCCGCAAAGCUCUAUCCUCACCUUCCACUGCAUCCUCAACCCCGAUUGGCUCCUCCCGUGGUUCCCCAAAGCACAAGCGUGUCGGCCUCCUUUCAAAGCGUCGUGCAUCUUCAUCCCAAUUCCGUCGCAUCGACCCACCCGCUUUCUCGCCUUCCAUGGCCAAUGGCAACUCUGGUCUUCCGUUCUCAAUCGAUGCUGCCCUUAGCGGCACUAUUCCUACCUACACUCCUAAGCCAGCCGUUGCCGCCAUGCCAACUCUAGAGGAAGCUAUGCCAAAGACCUGGUUCUUCGAUAUCCACGAAGACACCCCUGAGGAAGAGGCCACAAACCUGAUGGAGCAUUCCGCAUGCACGCUGGACAUCUCCUCUGACGACGACGGAGAAAUGAGGAAGGCAAGAGAAGGUGCUGAAAGGGGCAAGGAAAACAUUCCGCCACCGGACUUCGUCUUCGCUUCCACUUCCAUAGAUGCAGAGGCCAAUGUCGACGAUGUUGCUACCGAGAUGACUGGGUUGGAGGGUGUGGGCGCUAUCCAUGAAGUCAAGCUACCUAAGCUUCGCCGUCCCCUUGUCCAGGAUGCUAUGGACCAGGACCGCUCGCCGCUUUCCGACUUGCCUGCUAAAGACUACUACGGGCCUGGGUGCGAUGAGUCGUCGUUCGUGACGGUGGAUGCUGCUAUUGAGAAGCCGUCUGGUCUUUCCAAGGAGUUCGACUUUGCUGCCCUUACGUCGCCAUCACCGCUUAGGGAGGAGGAACUAGUUGGGGAGGAAAAGCCUGUCGAGGUUGAAGCUCCAGUUGAAGCUGAGGUUCUAGUUGAGGUUGAGGCUCUGGUUGAGGCUCCGGUUGAGACACUAAUUGAAGCUCAGCUUCCAGUCGAGACUGAGGUUGAGGUGCCGGUGCAAGUCGAGCAAGAGAAGGAGAUCCCAAUCUAUGUUGACGAGACCGCCGGGCCUGUUGUGAAAGCUCCUGUCCCCGUUGAGGCUCAAACCCUGGAGGAAGUUGCUGUCCUCGUCUCACUGCCUGAUGAGACCGAUGAGGAACUAUAA